GUGUGGACCUGAUGUUGAAGUGAUCUCAGACUUGAAUGAAGUCUAUCAAAAUGUCUGAAAGAAAUUACAGAAACAUUUAUAACAACAAUGAUACAAGAUGUAAUCAUCAACCUUGCUAUUAUUGAUACUGAGUUAAGCUUGACUCAAGGCCUAGUUUGAGCAUGGAGCUAUAAAAAGCUCCAUGGUUUGAGUGUAUCAGAAGGCGGGUCAUGUGAUGUGUACAUCUGAUAAGUUGAGGUAUCGGAUUGGAAGCAUGCAUACCAGAAAUGACAUAUUUGUCAUUGUAAGUGACACAUGGAAUGGAAUUGGUAUUUGCACUUCCUGGUGUACGUUGUACAUUGAUUGGCAUUUAGUGGGACACACUCUCUGAGAUUACAAUUGAUUCAUCAUGGAUACACUUCAUGAACCGCAGCAUUUUAAACCAGCAAGGAAGCAAAGCAGUGGAGAUCUACAGAGUCGACUCAAGACAAGGAAGUUGCUUGGAGUAGGAGAAUGUGAAGACGGCUCAGUACCAGUGUCUAAGAUCAGUCAGAUCCUGGGCAAUGAUGACCACUAUUUGCUCACUCUGCCAAAUGGACUCAGGUUAUGGCAAGUUGCUUCAGCUUUGGUCUUCAGUGCUGUGGCCCUGCUGGCCAUCAUGUUUCCUGUGCCAUUAUUUGAUGGCAUAUUUGCCUCAAACUGUGGUCCGGAUGCUAUAUUGCCCAUCCGCCUAUUUGGUGCAGCUUUAUCAUGUCUUGGGCUGUUGUUCUGGAGUGCUGUCAAGUCAGUUAGUAGAUACAUCAUAAGAUGGACAUUGCUGUCACAAGUUUUAUAUCUCUCUAUUCAAGCUACAGUAAUGAUGUGUACAUUGUGUGGGAGCUUGUCAUUCAACUUCCCUAGUGUACUUGUCUUGUUAGUGGUUGUCAUGGCAAUCACCAUCAGCUUGUACUUUUAUGCCAUCUUAUCUGGAUUCAGUGCUAAGUGGUUAUGGAAACCCAAGAUGAUCAUAUACGACAUGCCUGUAGAUAAGAAUGAAUGAGGAAAACACUUCUAUAAGAUUAUGGGAUGGAAUUACCAAAAUUGCUGUUGUUUUCUUUUGCCACUGUUUUAUUUUAAAUAUGUUUGAGGUGUUUAAUGUAUCUAAGUGAGGGACAAGCUUGUGCUUUUGAAGUUUACAAUCCCUUUAUUGUUGCAGUUAUUUUGUGGUUGAACUGUGUGAGUUUGUAGGGCUCUGCUUCUGUUAAUAUUCCCCUGCAACGUUUGCUGUUAUAUGUGUGUACGUGAAAGAGUUUUUUUGAAAACCUUUACAAAACUGGAUGGCCUUAAACUACAGGUAAUAUUUUACAUACUGCCCGUUCUCAACAUACAUGUACAGCUAAUAAAUGAAGUUACAAUCUCGCAGCCAACUUUCUCUUUUCUAAUUUUAGACAAAAAAGUAUGUUUAACAGAACAAUAGGUAGGCCCCUAUUGACUGUCAGUGGGUCUCUGGGCACCUAUUCUUGGAAACUACAAUGCUUGGAUUGUUUUGAGAGAUGUGAUGCAUGAUUUGACAAUAACAAUCAGUUCUGGCUCUUAUUACAUGUCAAUAUUGUAGAUAUGGAUUGAAACUGAAUUGAACCUUGAAAUUUAUCAGACAAUUGAACCUCAAUUAAUCUGUGUUCUUCAGUGUAUAGGGUCUUGAAAUCAACAUUUUGUAACACCAAUUAUUUUGAAUGGCCUAUUAAAUUGUUGUUUUAACUUCAAAAUACAAAGAAAAACUGCCACUAUUGAUCAAAACAUAUUAGGUAACUUUGCAUUUAAUUGUCUGUAUAUAAAUCAUACAAACAUGUGUAUAAAGCUAUUUUUCUAGAUUGUAGGUUGGACUUGAAACCAUACAUGUGGAUGUUAAGUCCACUGCCAUGGUGCUUACUUGUCAUUCAAUUGUUGUUGAUAUCACUAGUUUUUAUGUUCAGCAAAUAUACUGCAUUGUAGUUGAUUUUUUGUAUGCCUUUUGACCGUUUAAGUUACCAUUUGGAGUAUUAUUUUGAAAGAUAAGCUGUUCUUCAGUUAAAUGUAAAGCACAUUAUCAUCUAGAAUUAAGGCAAACAAAACCAACACGUUUUUAUACCUCAUGUUGCAGUUGAAGUACUCAUAAUUGAACUCAGAGAUGUUGAAAUGUUUCUGAUACUGAGUACUCAACUGAUGGACUUGGUACUCAGACAUCGGAGUACUUGGUACACACUAGUGUUGUACUCAGCACUGUACUUGAUACUCGACUUGAUAUCGGAGUACUUGGUACUCAGACAGUAGUGAUGUACUCGAUUGCCUCUCAAUCAAGUACUACACACUACAUGUACUCGGCCAAGUACUUGAUACUGGACUGAAAUGUACUUGACUACAACUCUGCCAAAAAUUUAUAGUACCAUAGGACGGCUCGUGAACGUGAACCAUAAAUCGCCCACAAUGCACAAUCGCCGAACUGUGUUUGUGUUUGGAAACCAAUUACAUACAUCAGUCAGUCAGUCAGUCGGUACUGAGAGAAUCACUUUUGUGAAGACCUCGCAGGCGGCGCGGCAUCUCAAAGGAUAUAUGCCAGUUGAGGUCUCACUGCUACCAUCUAAUAGGAUUCUCUCAUUACGCAAAAUACACGGUCAGUUUCCCUUGUGGUUCACAUUUGGACGUGUUCAAUAAACCAAACCCUUCACGGGCAGUCCUUUGAAAGCAAAAAGCUUUCUGCUUUUCAGGUAGCAGAAAAGUAGAGAAGGAGAAAUAUUGAAAUAUAAAAAAACAUAAAAUCUGCUUUUCGUCCUCCAUAUGAAAGAGAUGUUAAGUCCAGUAACGAGGUCUUUGUAUCUGAGAUCCAUUAUGUCAACAAUGUGUGCCUUUUUUGCAGUCUUACUUUAUUUGCACCUCACAUGAAAUACAUGUAGACAGAAGUAGAUAUGUAAAUAGUGUACAUUAUGUAUGUAACAGGAAUUAUUAGGUGUAUUUUAAAUGAACAAAGGUGCAUUUUUUUAAUUGAAAUGCUGACGUAAGGAACAGUACUACUUAAGGGAGUAAAAUUAUGCCCUUAAAGGUGAAGUGGAUUACGAUGGUUCAGUGCAAUAAGCUACUCCCUGGAUUUGGUCAUGUUGGCAUGCAAGGCCCAACCACGACAAAUAACACCACUAGCUAACAAGUAACUCAAGUUCAAUUCACUUCAUAAGUUUAUUGUCAGACAUUUAUGAAACAUUACAAGUAUUUGAAUGCAGCUCAGGGCAACAUUCUAGUUAUCAUAAUACUAGUUAUAUGUAUGGCAAUUGUACAGUUAUGCUAUAAUGUACAUUUACAAUGUAUUAUUUGCAGCAAUUCUGCUGACAUUAAACUAGAGUAAACAACUUGCCUUAAUACAAUGUAAAGUCAUCUAUUAUUUUAUUGCACUUAACACACUUUGUGGACAUCCCUAUUGUACAUAAUAAAAACAUCACAUCCAAACAAAUGAAGUUACUGUUGAUUGCAUAUCAUUUGCGUUGUUGAGUAUCAUUAGAGCCCUAGUUACGUUACCUUCAAACAAACUUGAAUCUAUGAUUCUGAUUGGUCAACUCAAGAUUCUGAUUGGAAGAUUGAUAAAUGCUAGCAU